GGAAGGGGUGUGGGGGAGAGAAGCGAUCGCGAGAGGGAGAGGGAAAAAAAAUGCAACCUCCCAAAAUAAAGAGCAAAGAUUGCAUUAGGAGCGAACAGCGCUGCAGAAAUAGAUGGCAGCUUCGUGUCAUUGACUGAAACAAAACAAAACAAAAGGGCCACUGGAUGUCUGCCUUCUUGGGGGGUGAGCCAGACAGACUGACAAACAAACAGACCCAACUGUGCUCGGGGGAGGGUUUGUCCUCCCGUUUUGCCCGGCUGCAGCAGCAUGGACGUGUUGGCUAGUUAUAGUAUAUUCCAGGAGCUACAACUUGUCCACGACACCGGCUACUUCUCAGCUUUGCCAUCCCUGGAGGAGACCUGGCAGCAGACAUGCCUUGAGUUGGAACGCUACCUGCAGACGGAGCCCCGGCGGAUCUCGGAGACCUUCGGGGAGGACUUGGACUGCUUCCUGCACGCCUCUCCCCCGCCGUGCAUCGAGGAAAGCUUCCGCCGCCUAGACCCCCUGCUGCUCCCUGUGGAAGCCGCCAUCUGCGAGAAGAGCUCCGCCGUGGACAUCCUGCUCUCCCGGGACAAGUUGCUCUCCGAGACCUGCCUCAGCCUCCAGCCGACCAGCUCUUCUUUGGACAGCUACACGGCCGUCAACCAGGCCCAGCUCAACGCAGUGACCUCACUCACGCCCCCGUCCUCCCCCGAGCUCAGCCGCCAUCUGGUCAAAACCUCGCAGACUCUCUCGGCCGUGGAUGGCACGGUGACCUUGAAACUGGUGGCCAAGAAGGCUGCGCUGGGCUCGGUCAAGGUGGGAGGGGUGGCCGCGGCCGCGGCGGCCGUGACGCCGGCCGGGACAGUGAAGAGCGCGCAGAGCGACAGUGAGCAAGGCGGGGUCGGGGCCGAGGCGUGCCCCGAGAACAAGAAGAGGGUCCACCGCUGUCAGUUUAACGGGUGCCGGAAGGUGUAUACAAAAAGUUCCCACUUAAAGGCCCACCAGAGGACUCACACAGGUGAGAAGCCUUAUAAGUGCUCAUGGGAAGGCUGUGAGUGGCGUUUUGCACGGAGUGAUGAGCUCACGAGGCACUACAGGAAACACACAGGUGCAAAGCCCUUUAAAUGCAACCACUGCGACAGGUGUUUUUCCAGGUCUGACCAUCUUGCCCUCCAUAUGAAGCGACAUAUCUAAAAACAAAAACAAAA